AAGCUAGACGCCGAGAUGCGCAGGCCCAACUUCGCGGAACAGCUGGGCUUCAUGUCACUGGUCAAGUGGGAGGUGCUGGUGGUGACGUCACUGCUGCGGUUCCUGCAGUGCGUGACCCGGAUACAGUACCGCGUCAUCAUCGUCAUCGAUGACCUGGACUGCUGCGCGGCGGACCGCGUGGUGGGGGUACUGGAGGCCCUGAACAUCCUGCUUUCUGACGAAGACGCCAACUUUGUCACCGUCUUGGCUGUGGAUCAGAAGACGGUGGUCAACUGUCUUAAGACGGAGCUUCCCCAGACGGUGCCCACGGAGUCUAGCGGGUACGAGUACUUAAAGCGGAUCGUGCGGUUCUCGGUCUGCCUCCCGGAGGCGAACGUGAGCGGGCGGCAGCAGCUCUGGCAGCGGGCCGUCAGGAGGAAGGACUCGGUACCUCUCCAGCAGAAGGUGGCGAGAAGGGAUCCAAGGUCAGACUUAGAGGUCGCGACUUUCUUAGAAAAAGUGGUCCAGGUCCUUCAUCACGACCAAGACAACGACGAGGACAAUGACAUCAUGCCUUACGUCAUGGGCAACGCGCGGCACAUCACCAGCCUCUACCACGUACUGCGCAUGACCGUCCGCGUCAUCAAGAACAGGGGCAUGCUGGGACGGGUCGGGCCGAAGCAGGUGGCAUCAUGGGUAGUGUUGGUGGGGCAGUGGCCCUGGCGGAUGGGCUGGGUAGUGCAGUUUGUGGAGGAUGGGGAGCAGAAGUCGAAGAUCCGUAACCGCGCUCGACUUUCCACCAUCACUGAAGGAACGCCGCAGGCAGCAGAAACGGGAGGGCAGGCCAGAGAGGGACUUUCGCGGAAGACGAAGCUGCACGAAGUGUACGGCUGGGUGAGAGAGGAAAUGGCGCGGGAAAACAACAGGGAGGGCUGGAGGAGCUUCAACUCUCUGGAUGGAGAUCCGGAGCUGUUCGAGCUUCUACUGAUAGAGUCAGGUUUCACUGUACAGGACAUGCUGAACCUGCUGCCCUGUACCAUCAACUUCAACUAUUGCAUCAAGCAGACCAUCGCAGCCGCUAGGGGUCUCUCUUUAGAAUAGAUCUCUUCGCGUAGAAAAGUAACGUUCAGACCUUAUCGAUUUAUAACGAUAGAUUGUUAAUCUAUCUUCUAAUACCAAAGAUUUGUGGAAAUCGGUUCAAUGCACCUUUGAUUAAAAGAUA